UUCCUUUAUAUGUCAAUGCCAUUAGUCUCUGAAGGAGAGUGGUUAACUGACAAGAGAAAGAAAGAUCCUGCUAAGCAAGUCCUGUACAAAGAGGAGGGGAUGCGGAGUGAAGCAUUACCGUGGCCUUUUCUUAUUCAUUGCAUUUGGCUUGGAGUGAUGGGAGUUGAUGCCUCGUCAUGGACUGCUGAGGUGCCCAGCUCAGUAUCCGGCCUGCAGGGCUCGUGCAUCGUGAUUCCCUGCUCAUUCAACUACCCAGAACCAGAGGAGAAGCCCUCUGAAUUCACUGGCAUCUGGUUCAAAGACACCAAUGAUGUUAUAUACCACCCAGACAGUUCCAAAGUAUUCAAAGACUACAAGGGUCGUACAGAGCUGGUGGGAGACCUCCGGCAGAAGAACUGCUCACUCAGAAUCCACCCGCUCCAUCGCAGUGACAAAGGACCCUUUUAUUUCAGGAUUGAAAUAGAAGACCAUAAAAAGUAUUCCUACAUACGUGACACAGUCUCCAUUGCAGUGACCAGCUCUCCAGAUCCCCCCUCUCUGUCAGUGAGGGAGGAGGUGAAAGUGGGGGAGGAGGUAUCUGCCUCCUGCUCUGUGUCUCAAUCCUGCCCAUCUGAUCCCCCUCUCCUCACCUGGAGCCAUUCUGGAACACCCAGUGUCCAAUCACAGCAGCUGACCAACGGCCAGUGGGAAGUGACAUCAUCCCUGACCUUUACCCCUAGCAUCACUGAUCACAACCAGUCUCUUGUCUGCACAGCAGCGUACAUGGGAGGGAAGACAGUGAAAAGGUCCAAAAUACUCAAUGUCAAAUAUGCCCCAGUGGAUGUGAAGGUUGAGGGAGUGUCCAGUGUGAAGGAGGGAGACUCUGUAGAGCUGAGAUGCUCCAGUGACAGUAACCCUGCUGCCCACAGCUACCGCUGGCACAACAGCAGAGGGCCUCUGCCCACCACGGGACCUACCAUCACACUGGAGAAUGUGACCAGACUCACUGAAACCCUCUUCUGCACUGCCAUCAACACAGAGGGACGAGGCCAAUCCAGCCCACUGAAACUCAAUGUAGAGUACCCCCCUGAGAUCAAAGUGGGCUCUGCAUGCACAUUAGACAUCUCCAUGGUAACCUGUCUGUGCAUUGUGUAUUCGGAGCCCCCCGGCACUGUGGAGUGGUCUCUUCCAGCAGGACCCCUGCCCAGUACCAGGGUGGAGAGGCAUGGCAGUCCCGGGGGGGCUGAGCGGCAGGCUCGUGGAUACUCACGCGCAGCAUAG